AUGUUGCGUUUGUUUUUUCGGGUCCAACCAAAAGUCGUCAGCCAGUCAGAAAAUCUUUGGAAGCCUUUUUUAAUGAUCAACUUGAAAUGGGUUCUUUCUGUUCAACCUCGUCUCUCUUCCAACUCGCCAUCUUUGUCAUCCACAUAUGCAUCCUUUAAAAGCAAAGACAUCCAUUAUGAUUUAGCGAGGGCAUCUCUAUCAAUGGAAAGCGAGACUUCUUACAGUGAUCCUAUUAGUGGAAGAACAUGUUCAUCUACUUCCCGAAUCUUGGACAUUGAUUACUCCGAAACCCGCAAUAAUGUUGAAAAUUUGUUACGAGAGGAUAAAUUAACAUUCCUUACAAGCUUACAAGCAAACAAGAUAUCACAAUAUAGAUUACUCUUGGAAAAUCUUGUUGCAUUGGAGGAUACAUUUGCUGAUUCAGAUGUGCCCAUUGUCCCAUCUACAAGAAAGAUAAAAAGAAAGUCACAAAGAGAACGAACAUCAACAAAAGCCAAUGAUUUCUGCAUGGUGGAAUUUCACUCACAUCCCAUCACCCGUAAAAAUUCAAGACGUGUCAACUUUUCUUCAAAAAGAUCAUCAAAUUCUAAAAUUGGAAAACUCAAAUUCACUAGAAACGAAGCAGAGCUAUCACAAGGUGUUAAGAUGGUUGCUGAAUUGGAGAGGAUUAGAAUGAUUUUAGAAGAAGUGGGGCCCAUGGUUAGUUUUAGUAGUUGGGCAGAAGCUGCAGGAGUUGAUAAGAAAGAGUUGCUUGAAAACUUGCAAUUCGGUUGGUGUUGUAGGGAUGAGCUUUUGAGAAGUACACGAUCUUUGGUUAUCUAUCUUUCAAAGAAUUACAAUGGUCAAGGAAUAGCCUUCAAAGAUUUAAUCCAGGCAGGAAAUGUUGGUGUUCUUCAAGGUGCAGAACGGUUUGACCGAAGUAGAGGAUACAAAUUCUCAACUUAUGUUCAAUAUUGGAUAAAAAAAUCAUUGCUAAUGUUGCUAUCACGUCAUGCUAGAGAGAUACGAAUUCCUUUCACAAUGAGCAAGGCUAUAAGUCGGAUACAAAAAGCUCGAAAAGCACUCGAUAAUGGUGAUGGAAGAUGCCCAAAUGCUCGUGAGAUUGCUAAAUUCACGGGUCUUUCAUUGGCUAAGAUUGAAUCUGCUAACAAAUGCCUUAGAGUUGUUGGAUCCAUCAAUCAACCAUUUGGACAGGGUAUUGAUGCAAAGUUUUGGGAAUGUACACCUGAUUUGACAACAAUGACUCCUGAAGAAAACUUAAUGAAGAAUUAUAUGAUUAAUGAAAUAUAUAGUCGGAUGAAAGAUUUGGACAGUAGGGAGAGGAAAGUGUUGGCUUUAAGAUUUGGGCUUAAAGGGUAUCAAAGGAAGACACUUGAAGAAAUUGGAAGGUUGUAUGGUGUAAGCAAAGAAUGGAUUCGAAGAAUAGAAAGAAGAGCUUUAACAAAACUAAAAGUUGAUGAUGAAGAAACUUUACAAAGUUUUAGACAUUAUAUGUACAUGUAAAGAUAAUAUCAAACGAGUUUCUUGUACAUUUUUUGAAUGUGAUCUUUGUUAAGUUGCAACAUUUGUUCUGGUAAUUGUUUUUAAACUGUCUUCAAAAGACAAGAAUGACCUUCUUUGUCGAUCAAAG